AUGAUGUUCUCAUCCCCUGUGCUGAAAGAGUCAGCACUCGCAAAAGGAAGGUCACUAUACCCGAAAGUAACAGUAUUUUCCGAGAUUCUUCCACUUGCUUCGAAGAACCGUGUGCAUUCUUCAAAGAGAAGAGCUGCAGCUUCAUCCUGUACUCAAGAACUGCAAGCACUCUUUGGUUGCCUCAAAAAGUGGGAAUUCGACGACAAACCAUGCUCGAAACAGCACGCUUCGUACAUGGACUGUGUUCAUAAAGGAGCGGAAGAAGCCGCAGCAUACGCUGAAGCAGCAAAGAAGGGAACACUUGGGGAAAGCGGAUCAGGAGGAAAAAAUUCGAUGACUACAGCUCAAUUCAAUAAAAUCAUGCAAUUAUUCCCGCAGCCAAACCUCGGACAACCACCAUAUCGACAAAUGAAACGCCUCCCAACCCAAGAUUAUGCAGAAGAUAUUUUCCAUCGAAAACAUUGGAAAGGAAAACGAAGUUAA